GAAACUUUAUUCAAAGCAAAACAAUAUAGAUUAGGAAUGCACAGUCCAAAGAAUAGAGGGUCACAGGAGUUCAGGCUAUUACUCUAGCUUCUGAGAUCUGAAGGGAGUUAGUUACAAGGGGUGGACUUUGGGUGGGUCACUUUUUUUUUCUUUUGCUUUCAUCUUCAUAGAAGGGUGGGUCACUAUUUUGACAGAUUAUCACAACCUCUUUUCUACUGUACACGUCCUCAUAAUGUAUGAUUCUAAUUACAUGCACAUUCAAUUACACACAUGCAUAAGAUGGCAAAUGGAGUUUUCCUAAAAGUUCGCUUUAAGGAUGGUUUGCCCUAUUUUGCAUGUACUCCAAACUAGUUCAGAUUGGCUGGCCUCCUUCCUCUCCUUUCAUAACUAGAGUACAACCGAAUAGAACGUAAGUUUGAUGCCAAUUAAGAGAAGGAAAAACUUAUUCUAUUGUCCAGAACAGUGUGUGUGUGGCAUGAUGGGGUUGGGGGUGGUAAAUGUCCUAGGUUGUUAGCUGCAUUGUUCAGAGUGCGUGCACAGCUCAAGCCACGUGACAUCCCAUAAACUAUUCCUUAUGCUUGUCUGCCUCACUUGUGUGAGGCGAAGCACAUAACACGCAUAACAGACAAUACCCUUCUUGUCUCAGCCUUCCUGUACGGCUCUCCUUUUCUUCAUAUCUGAGCACAAUGUCACUUCUUAGAGGCCAGCCUACCACCACAGGCAUGACACUUCCCACUGGAAAUGGUAUUCUUUUCCAGUACAUCUGGGUCUGAACAUAAUCUUGUUGAGAGCAGGCCACACGGCUGACUUGCUCACUGGCUGUCCCCUUGUGCCUGAUACUAACAGUGGACAUAAAUUCUACAUCGAUGGACUUCAACCAACCUGGAAUACACGGUAUUGGGGGGGGGGUGUGAAUCACAUCUGUUGAGGAGACAUAUAGCAACUUUUCCUCAUUGUUCCCUAACCAUCUGGCAACUGCUCAUAUGGCAUUCACAAAGCACCUAUCCAGGGUAACAAGAGAGGACAGGCAUUGUAUGAGGAGACAGGGCCUAGGCUCUAUGCAACUGUCACCUUCUGUAUUUAAAAGACUUAAGCAAGUGCAAUUUCAGUCUAUGUGGGGAUCUUAGAACCGAUCCCCCAAAGAUCCUGAGGGCCAGCUCUAUUUGUGCUUAUUUGGGCCAGGGUACACGAUGAUAAAGACAACACUGAACCCUAACACGAUCCAACCUACAAAACCCUGCGCAUUUAGUUCCUCCAGUUAAAUUUAAUGCCAAUUUAGGAGUUUUGUCCUCUCUGGGCCGCACCAACUUUACUUCACAACCUAUCCAGGCUGAAGCCCACGGUCUCAUGGUUCCAUCCGCCCUGGCCCACGACUUCCUGCUAUUCUUGGACACUGUCCUAAGGAUUACCACUUGCUCAUAUGUUUCUAACAGCCUUCAUUCUACCUUCUUUGCUUCCUAUUCCUUCAGACAUGGUCCAUCUUCUUCAACAAGGUCUUGUGUGGCUGCGCUGGCCUCGAACGCUUGGUGACCCUCUUGGUUUUGUGGUGGGCUUACAGGGCGCUCAAGAGCCAUCUAGCUCAGCCACCUCUUUAACAGGCUAAUCCCCAUGGGCCUCGAGGCACGGGCAGAGACCACUUCUCCCUACUCCCCUGGCCAAACCGUUGCUCCUUCCUGCUCCGGCACCGUCCAUCUGAUUACCAGUGUGGCACAUGCUUGCUGGCGACCUCCAGAAGGAGGCCUCAGAUCACAUUUCUCUUUCUCUGGCAUUUGAAGGGGCCGGCCUGUGCAGCUCGGGGAUUCCCGAACGCAGUCGGAGGCCCGGAAGCGCUUCUUCCGGUAGGCAGCCGCGGCGUUUCCGAGGGGAUUUUCCUGGGUGCCGUCACCCAAGCUUUCGGGCCACCGCGCGCCACGGCGUCUGCGCAGGCGCGGACGCGCGGGGCAUCACGGGCCGCCCGGACGCAGAAGAUGGCGGACGCGGCCGUGGGUAAGGACAAAUGCGGGGAACAGCGGCUCGUGUCGCUGCCCCUGUCCCGCAUCCGAGUCAUCAUGAAGAGCUCUCCUGAGGUGUCCAGCAUCAACCAGGAGGCGCUGGUGCUCACGGCCAAGGCCACGGAACUCUUUGUUCAGUAUCUAGCCACCUGUUCCUACAGACAUGGCAGUGGUAAAGCCAAGAAAGCACUGACAUACAGUGACUUAGCCAGCACUGCAGAGGACUCGGAGACCCUUCAGUUUCUCACAGAUAUAUUACCAAAGAAGAUUUUAGCUAGUAAGUACCUGAAAAUGCUCAAAGAGAAGAGGGAAGAAGAGGAGGAAGAAAAUGAUGGUGAGGAAAGUGACAUUGGUGAAGUACUGGCUUAAGCCAGCAAGAAGUGCUCCGAGUGAGUCCCGUGAAAAGCUCAAGGACAGACUGACAGCUGGGAAGUGGCGGCCACUAGCAGACUUGGAGCUUGUAUACCCUCUUGCAGUGGGAAGGACUGGAGCCGUCUCUUCUCCUAGCAGGAAAGACCCUGGGCAGAUGGCACUGCUGUGGCUUUGGGUACAGCAGCACAUACCCCUGAGCUUCAUGUUGAACUUGCAGGAGGACCUGGAAGAUCCAUGUCAGCUGUCCAAUCCCAGGGACACCUGUUCUCACAAAUGGCUACACAUGUAGCUCAUGUACAUUGUGCUAGCUUUGAAUUUUUUGUAUUUUUUAAGAAAUGGACUAUGCAUUUUUAUUGUACAGAAUUUGCUUUUCCUUUUCCAUUAAAGGUCUGUAUAUAUUUUACA